AUGUGGAACUGCGGAUUCGAAGAUUUAAACGAUGAUUCUAAUGAGCUUAUGCUCCACAAGAGAGACGGUAUAGAAGAGCCCGUUCACAGCAAAUACGUGUUUACUCAACCACCUUUGGGAAUCCCAGCCAAGGAGUUCGUUUCUAACCAUUUUGGAAAAAAUGCCAAAAAUCUCCAGUUCCGUAAAGGUACAACCUGCUUGUCCUUUGUUUACGAACCUGCUACUCCAAAUGAUAAGGGAGGAAUUAUCAUUGCCGUCGACUCGAGAGCUUCCGCAGGAGAAUAUAUCUCAUCAAAAUCUGUCAUGAAGAUUUUGGACAUCGGAGAUCGUAUGGUGGCUACCAUGGCUGGAGGAGCUGCUGAUUGUCAGUUCUGGACUAGAACUGUUGCCAAAUAUUGCAAUUUGUAUGAACUCCGUGAGAAAAGCUCUAUCACUGUAAGCGCUGCCAGUAAGUAUUUCGCUAAUGUGUUGUACACUUACAAGGGAAUGGGUCUGUCAGUUGGUUCUAUGGUUGCUGGAUACGAUAAGAAGGGACCUCAAAUCUUCAAAGUCGACAGUGAGGGAGAUCGCUGUUCUCUCCGAGUUUGCUCAGUUGGAUCUGGAUCAUUGAAUGCUUAUGGUAUUCUUGAUACUCAUUACAAAGCCAAGAUGACUGAUGAGGAAGCUAGAAUGUUGGGACGUCGCGCUAUCAUGCAUGCUACCUACCGUGAUUCUGGUUCCGGAGGAGUCUGCAAUAUGGUUCACAUCACACCGGACGAGAAGAUUCGUCUCCCACCUAUGGAUGUAAGCAAGUUGUGGUACGAGUUUGCUGAUGAGCUUGGACGCGACAUCGUUUACGAACCAAGACACGAGUAA